AUGUCUCGCGCCUCGAUCGGCGACUAUGUGGUCACGCGCAAACUCGGCAGUGGCUCGUUUGCCGUCGUGUACAAGGGGUACCACCGCACGAGCAAACGGCCCGUGGCGAUCAAAGCGCUGUCGCUCUACAAGUUGAACGGCAAACUGUUGGCGAAUCUCGAGAUGGAAGUCGCCAUCAUGCGGCAGAUCGACCACCCGAACGUCGUGAAGCUCUACGAGAUUCAAAAGACGGACAAACACAUGUACCUCGUGCUCGAGUACUGCGCGGGCGGCGACUUGCAGCAGUACAUGCGGCGCCACCAGCAGCCCACGAGGCAACCGACGAGGCAACGAGCCGACGAGUUGCAGUCGGCGAGCAGCAGUUUGUGUCUGCCGGAAGCUGUCGCGCGCCACUUUCUGCGGGAGUUGGCGACGGGUAUGCAGUGUCUCUGGCACCACAACCUCAUCCAUCGGGACCUCAAGCCACAGAAUCUGCUGCUGGUCGAAGAUUCGCCCACGUCGGCGCUCAAAAUUGCGGACUUUGGGUUCGCGCGGCACUUGGCGACAGCGUCGAUGGCCGAGACGCUGUGUGGCUCGCCGCUGUACAUGGCUCCUGAGAUCUUAAAGUUUCAAAAGUACGACGCAAAAGCCGAUCUGUGGUCGGUGGGGACUAUUCUGUUUGAGAUGGUGGCGGGGCGUCCGCCUUUUGGUGGUGCUAAUCACGUGCAGUUGCUGGCGAAUAUUGAGCGUCAGCCGCUGCGCUUUCCUCCGACACUACAGCUCUCGAGGGGUUGUCGGCAUUUGCUGGUGGCGUUGCUCCAGCGCAAGCCAGCGCUUCGUCUUGGAUUUGCCGAGUUCUUUGCCGAUCCGUUCGUGGAUUUGCAAUCAUUGACUGUGGAGCUGGACACGGCUGAAGUGAUGCGCCGCUCAUCGAAUCUUUCGUUGAACACAAGUAUCCGGGAAGAAAAGGAAAGCGAAGAGGACAAGCUUUUGGGACGCUGGGGCAUUUCGACUGCCAGUGGAGGUGGCCGGGAUACAGCGCAUGAAGGGUAUGCAGCCACGUCGCCGGCGUCUUGUCGAAAAUCCAAUGGUAUUGACGUGCGCGAAGUGCCAGCAUCGAACGAAGUGAGCUCGAGCUCGCGCUUUGCAUGCACAGCGCCACCAGCAAUGACGCGUCAGUCACGCAGCGGAAAUCUCGAAGUGAUGGAGACUGCUUUUGCUCGAGCCAGUUCUGGAUCAAAGACUCUACGUCGGUCGUCUUCGUCACGGCUAGCGCGAAGCCGUCGUGCCUCGUCUAGUGGCAAUGGGUGUGUAGCAGACACGAGUCCCAAGCUGAGUCCGCAAAUGAGUCCGCACAUCUUGCCCAGUCCUAGUCCACGAAUCAAUCCAUUCAAGCAGUUAUCAGAGUCACCUCCGGGCGUAGCAGCAGUCCCGUAUCAGCAUCGUUCGCCGUCCGGGUCGUAUCGAGCGGACGCUUCCUUCGCUACCUGUCCGAUCGGCAGCGCUGCGAUCGUGGCUACAAAGCAGAAGAGCGUUGGCGGCGGGGGCGGGCAUACUCUGGAUAGCAGCGGCGAAUACGUUUUGGUGGACGGAUUGACAGAUAAAUUUGCACCAAGUGGGCAGAGCUCUCAUCCGUACAUACAUCGCACAAGCACAGGAAAGGCAACGAACGCGGUACCUGUCACGAUCGAUUUGGCAGCGACAUCGUUACCCACGGCUGAGCCUUGCAACGGUCAUGCCGGGUCUUUGUCCCGCGAAUGCAGUCAGCAGCUGUUUGAUGUUGUGGUACUGCGUGUUCAAGCAAUCGCUUCGAUUGCCGACCAGCUUUGGGCAUUGAGUGCCGCUAGUGGUACAUCAUCUGGAUCAGCAGACGAAUGCAUUGGCGAAUUGACGGGAGAAGACUGGUCACCGCAACGUACGAUAUGUAAAAGCAAGUCGCUGUCAACAUCACGCGAAAGAGGGGCCAGCGACGGUGACUUUUCGUCCAAUUUUGCGAUGAGCUUGUCGCUGAGCUCAUCGCUUGGAGGGAACAAUUUACUUGUGGAUGACGAAAAUGGAGAUGACGACGAGGAUGAGGACGAAAGGCGGAAUAACGAACGUCACUAUAUUUGCGCCGCCGAAGCACUUGCGUUGUAUGUCACAUGCCUUCGUCUCCUACAGCACGUUGCGCUGUACUUACGCCAAGAUCCUGCAUCUUAUGUCUCUCGAGGUUCGGUGGCGUCCUCUGAGUCGCGCGGGACGUUAUUACAGCGGAACGGAACGAGCCUAAAAGCAUCCAUGGCUUUUUUGUCCGAUCGACUUACUCAUUACUUAGGUCGUGUCGAGCAGUGCAAAGCCCUGAUGAAGAGUGCUGCUAUCUCACGAGCCCCUCUUCGUGCUGCGACAUCGCAGGUAGAGAUGCUGUACACUCACGCAAUCCGAAUUGGGCGGCAGGGCGCUAUUCGCGAAGUUCUGGGCCACACUCGAGCUGCACAUGAUCAUUAUCUCCAGUCGCUUCUCCUGCUCGAGAGCUUGAUGAUGGAUACAUCGAGUGCAAGUGCCGGAGAGUUAGCCGUGGGUGACCAGAAGAACGUGAACGAUGUUUUGCGCGCACUCGAACUACGUUUGAAGAACGUUCGCACAACACUGGAGAAAGAUGAGGGCUCCAAUGCCGUAAGAAGCCACCAGCGGAGUUUGCAGCACCCGCCGUGGCCCCACUUCUAG